AGGGAAAGAAGGAAAAUGUCGAGCAACGAUGUGUUCCAGACACCUAUUCAUAACUACCUGCAACUUCCGGCAGUAACACUUGCGUCGAAGAUUCGCCGUUUAGAAAUCGGUGUUGAGGAACUUCUGGAAGUGUUCAUAGAGAGGAUAAAUGUCGUCAAUAAUAGCAUUAACGCUGUAGUGGCUGAUCGUUUCUCAGACGCCAUACUGGAGGCGAGAGAGAUCGAUGAAAUGCUUUCCGAAAUGACUCAAGAGCAAAGGGACGAACUAGAGAUUGCCAAACCCUUUUUGGGCCUACCGUUUACCGCAAAGGAAGCAUUUGCAGUCGCUGGCUUACCUAACAGUGGUGGACUUGUGGCUCGUAAAGAUCACAUAGCCAAAGAGGACGCUGUUGUUGUUCUUCGUUUACGACAGGCAGGGGCUAUCCCACUGGCUCUGUCUAACUGCAGUGAAUUGUGCAUGUGGUGGGAGUCGGCGAAUAGGGUUUAUGGCAGGACUUGCAAUCCUUAUGACAGAUCUAAAAUAGUUGGAGGAAGUUCUGGAGGAGAGGGUGCGAUUAUUGGAGCAGCUGGAUCAGUGUUUGGGGUGGGAUCAGACAUUGGUGGCAGCAUCAGAAUGCCAUCCUUCUUCACUGGAAUAUUUGGACACAAACCCAGUCCAAAUGCUGUGCCUAACACUGGUCAGUUUCCUGAUGCAUCUGGAAACAGACAACAGUUCUUGUGUACUGGGCCUAUGUGUAGAUAUGCAGAGGACCUCAAACCUCUUCUUAUGGUUAUGGCAGGAGAGCAUGCAAUAUCAACCCUGAGCCUUGCUAGUUGUGUAGAUGUAACAAAGUUGCGAUACUUCACUGUAGAAGAUUGUGGAGGACACUUUUUAGUAUCAAAUGUUGACCCUGAACUCAAACAGGCUCAACUGCAUGUCUGUCAACAGCUUCAGGAAAAACUUGGCAUAAAAGUGGAGACACUUAAAGUUGACAAACUUGCUUAUUCCCUUGAGAUCUGGUCAUCAAUGAUGUGUUCUGCAGCACAACAGCCAUUUUGUUUUUACAUGGGCAACCAAAAGUCCACAGUGAACCCCUUCUGGGAACUGCUGAAAUCAUGCGUUGGACUCUCCAACCACACUAUUCCUGCCAUUGGUCUUGGGAUGCUGGAGAAAUUUGAAAGUUUGACCCCUAGAAGUGUGUCAGAAUCCUUCAUCAAGAUGGGUGAAGAACUGAGGCUGGAACUUGAAUCAAUACUGGGUGAAGAUGGAGUAUUGCUUUAUCCAUCUCAUCCAUCGUUGGCUUUGAACCACAAUGUACCUUUGCUGUUUCCCUUUAAUUUUUCAUACACCGCUAUUUUUAAUGUUCUUUAUUUACCAGUUACACAGUGCCCUGUUGGGCUGAGUAAGUCAGGGUUGCCUCUUGGUAUUCAAGUGGUGGCAGCAAACAACAAUGAUCGCUUAAAUAUUGCUGUUGCUAUGGAGAUUGAGAGGCUUUGUGGUGGUUGGAAUCGAUUGUACAAACAAAAACAAAUGGCUCUAAAUACCGAGCAAUGAAUUAAGAAACUACUCCUUGCUAUAACAACUGUGUUAUAUUAUAGAUAAUAAAAAAAUUGCUUUCUUUUAAAUAUACUAAGUAAAUUUAAACACAAGAUACCGGUAAGUUUUAAUAUUUAGCCCUUCAAAGGGCUAAAUUCAGGCAAAAUUCAAGUUUAGUACAUCAGCAUAUAAUACAGUUACUUCCAGUACUUAAAUAAAGUAUUGUCUAAACUAUAACUUGAACCAAAAAUAGUAAAAUGUAACUGAAAAUUUUACUCUGAGUUAAAUAAAAAAUCUUAGGGCGUGGCAUAGCUCCGAAAAAUACAUUCUCUUAACGACUUUGUUACAGUGAUUUCAAAAGAAACGCAUUUUUCCCCAUUUUUGUAAUUCGGAGAAUUUUUCGAGUAAAACAUCAGUUUUCGAGAUGAAGCUUGCGAUGACUCGGAAAAAAAAAGGAAAAAAAAAAGAAAGGCGAUAGAAACAGGAAAUUUAAGUCUGAAAGAUGCAAGAGAAGCAAAAAUAAAAACAGAAAAUCUCGCAGCAAGUCUUGGGGAGGAAUUACUCGGCCCCCAAGCCAGUUUGAGGGUAAUUCCUUGUUCGCAGACCCAAUUCUUUUCCACUCGGGAAAAGGUUAUUUGGCCCUAUUCAGCCAGUUUUGAGAAUAACCUCCAUGAAAAAGCGUGAUUCAAACCCAAGACCUCUAGUAUCAGUGUUGCUUGACUGCCAAGCGAAUUGAAAUCGGUCAUUUUUCUGCUGUCGUGAGUUGAUCCUAAGUCCUGCAAACAACGAAUCCCACAUGUGAUGGACGUUACUCACCCAGAACCUGCACUGCCAGCUCCUCAGGCUUGCUGGGAAAAAAAAUUGCCGACUUCAGGGCUACAGGGAAUUUAGAAUCCAGGUUAAGGCUGCAAAUGUACCCGGCUUUUCCAAGCCAAGGAAGUGAGAUUAAAAAUUAUCAACUCUGUGUAUCGUGAAAACAAGUGAUUCCCUUUUCCUUGUACUAUUACAUGAAAUAACUUUGAAUGGUUAUAGACUGAUAGUGAGUACAUGGUACAACUUUGCUCUUUUUUUUAAUGUUUAACAAUAAAUAUCUGCGAUGAAAUAUUGCCUAAGGUCAUUUAAAACUCGUUUAAAAUUAAGGAAUCGACCACAUUUCCACCUUGACGAAACGUUCGUUAACGUCAUUGUCACGUCAAGUUGAAAGUUCAAAUAAAAGAACUGUGACUGAAAACGAAAUAUGUUUCGUUAAACAAAGAGUUUUGCAAG